AUGCAGGCGGCGUCGGGCCAGCAGCAGCUGCUGCCGCUCUCGGCGGCGGUGUCUUCGGAGCUCGCGCGGCUGAAGGCGGAGGUCAGGCAGGACGCGGACCCACUGGCUCGCUCCCGUCUCGCGGGGCUCGGCGACGCCGCCGCGUCGCGGGUGCUCGCGAAGAUCUGGGAGAAUCGGCUCAGGGUGAAGAGGCUGUCUGCCUACAUCAUGCGGAUGGUGGAGAUGGAGGUGACGACGGAGCGCAACGCCCGGGGGACCCCCGCCGCCGAGAGCUCCGUCCCCUUACGCCGCGCCAUCCAACCACAAGGUCUCGCUGCAGGAUUUGUCUGCUGCUCUUGGUUUUGCUGCUGUCGCUACAACAAGGAAGGGAAACGAGGCCGCCGCGUCGACAUGGGAGUCCUCUUCUCGUGCCCCGCCGACGACUACGACCCGGUGGACCUGCAGGAGGAAGCGCCGGCGCCGGCGACGUCCUCCACCGUGGGCGCAGGGGAGCCAGCGCCGGCCAUCCUCAGGGCGAGGAGCUCGUCGGCGCCGGGGAGGAGCGGGUCCGCCUCCACCGCCCGCUCUGCGAAGCGCUUGCAGCCGACGAGGUCGCGCGCCGCGAGGAGCUUCUCGGCGAUCUCCAGCCCGCCUAGCCGCGCCGGCCAUGGACCCGCCUCACCGAGCCGGUCCGCCUCGCCCCGCUGGCCGCUCCCCGCCGUGUUCCCGCCUGGCCGCGCCGGCCGCGCCCCGUCGCGGUCCCGCCUGGCCCCGUCGUCGUCCACGGCGCCGGAGAUUUGGGUCGAGGAGAGAGACGACGCAGAUUUGCGUUCUCCAUCACCUCCCACCCAAAAUGCGUUCGCCUUUUGCGUCGUCCGUUGGACCGAUUCCGUACCGGAUCCACUGUACUGCAGUGAUGUUCCGAUGGAGGAUCAGAGCCCCAAUGCCGAAAUACAUUCUAUUACAAGGGGUUUUCAAGAAAUGGUUGGUCCAUCAGGAAGGGUUGGGAUGGCAACACCAACUUCUGUUGCUGCUGGGAAUUCUUUGAGAGCAACAGCAAGCCCUCAGAUGUUAGCACUGGGGGAGAUGGAAGAGUUUGAUCGAAUUUUCCUGAUACUUGUGUACCUUGCAGACAGAGAAGGAGUUCUAUGA